AUGACCAACGGGGAUAGAUCACCGUCGCCGGAAUUCGAUCCGCUGGCAUUCGGCGACGACCUCGCGCCUCUUCCGGAGUACAAGGCGGCGGGAACCACGGAAGUGGACUUCUCGGGCCUCCUGGGCGAGCCACUCAAGCUGCACGAAGAUCUCAGGUCGGGAUGCGGAGGCCAGCUGUGGCCGGCCGGCCUCGUGCUGGCCAAGCAUAUGCUGCGCUACCAUAGGGAUGAGCUGCAACACGCCAGAAUACUCGAACUCGGCGCCGGCGGUGGGGUUGUUGGACUCACUGUAGCGAGAGGCUGCGCCAGCCUGGAGCACCCGCUGUACAUCACCGAUAUGGUCGAAAUGGAGUCGCUGAUGCAGCACAACAUCGCCCUGAACGGACUCGACGACCGAGUGAGAGCCAGAGUCCUCAACUGGGGCGAGCCACUCUCGGAAGAAGUGCUCGGUUUCAAGCCCGACAUCAUCCUGGCCGCUGAUUGCGUCUACUUCGAGCCUGCAUUCCCGCUGCUGCUGCAGACGCUGCAGGACCUACUGACAUUGGUCCCCGACGCCGUUGUGUUCUUCUGCUUCAAGAAGCGGCGGCGAGCCGACAUGCAGUUCCUCAAGGCUGCAAGGAAAGCCUUCACUGUGACCGAGAUCGAGGAUGAGGACCGGCCUGUGUUUAGCCGGGAAGGUCUGUUCCUGUACACCUUUACUCGAAAACAAUGA